ACCGUGUACCGUCAAUAUAGUAAGCGUUUGUUUUUCGGAUAAAAAUUGGAUGGCCCAUUUGGUCAGUUGUGGUUCAUUUAUUCUGCAAAAUAGUUAAAUUUUGUUUGGAAAAUCAAAACACUCGUGGAACAAAUAAUGAGUAUUUCUAGUGACAAAGUUCCUGCUGGGGCUCCAGUCAACACGGAGGAAAAUGCCGAUGAUGCUGAAGAACUCCGUCGGUCGAGUCGGCGGAACAAGAGGGCACGAGUUGAAACUAAGGAGGCAGAAACCAAUGAUCACCCAGUUGAACCUUCUGGGGCAUCUGAUGCUGAUAAAGAUGACAAAAAGGAGUCAGGGUCUGAUGGCACCACAGUGAAAUCUGAAGCGCAUAAAGCUUCCACAUCUCUACCAAGUGCACCAUCUAUUCAAGAGCCAAUGUUGAAAGCAGAAACAAAAGAUGAGGAAAUGAUUCAUGAUUCUGAUUUUGAGGAACCCUCUGGCUUGGAGGGAGCAGCAUUUCAAAGCCGUUUACCAGUAGAUAAAAUGCAUGCAGAUGAAGCUGCACGCUUUCCAGACAUAGAGCAAGGUGUCCCAGCUACCCAGAAGCUAUUUCUUUAUAUUAGGAACAGACUACUGCAAUUGUGGUUGGAAAAUCCAAAGAUGGAGUUAACACUUGAGAAUGCUCUGUCAGAAUUAGAGCCGCCUUAUAAUAGCGACACGAAUUUAGUCGGAAGGAUCCAUGGAUUCUUACAGCGCCAUGGCUUCAUCAAUUUUGGUGUUUUCAAAAGAAUAAUGCCCAUUCCAGUUAUUUCGAAACCCUGCAAAGUUAUCGUGAUUGGAUCUGGGAUUUCCGGACUAACAGCUGCUCAACAAUUACGUAAUUUUGGAUGCGAAGUUGUUGUCUUGGAAGCAAGAGAUCGUGUUGGUGGAAGAAUUGCCACUUUUCGCAAGAACUCGUAUGUAGCAGAUGUAGGAGCUAUGGUAGUUACUGGUUUGGGAGGUAAUCCAAUCACUAUUUUGUCGAAACAAAUCAGUAUGGAGCUGCACAAAAUAAAACAAAAAUGUCCCCUAUACGAAGCCAAUGGAUCAACAGUUCCUAAAGAUAAAGAUGAAAUGGUCGAACGCGAAUUCAACAGACUUCUUGAAGCCACAAGCUACUUGUCGCAUCAACUUGACAUAAACUACGUUAACACCAACCCCGUUUCCCUCGGACAGGCUUUGGAAUGGGUUAUUAAGCUUCAAGAAAAAAAUGUAAAAGAAAAGCAGAUUCAACAUUGGAAAAAUUACAUUACUCUUCAAGAUAAUUUACGUUCUGUUCUUAAUAAGCUGAUCGCCUUACAGGACAAAGUAGCAAAAUUGACUCAACAGUGGAAUAAAAUGAACGAAACACGGGGACAACGAGAUAUCACUCAAGAAUUUUCUCUUCGAUCAAAACUCAGAGAUAUCCAUCAUGCUCACAAAGAAUGGGCCCAGCUUCAAGAACAGCAAAAGGAAAUCGAGGAAAAACUGCAAGAGCUUGAAUCAUCUCCUCCUAGUGACGUAUAUCUAUCUUCUCGUGAUCGACAAAUUCUGGAUUGGCAUUUCGCUAACUUGGAAUUCGCCAACGCAACGCCGCUUUCAAACUUAUCGCUUAAACACUGGGAUCAAGAUGAUGAUUUUGAGUUUACCGGGAGUCAUCUUACUGUGAGAAAUGGGUUCAGCUGUUUGCCAGUUGCCCUCUCUGAAGGAUUGGAUAUUCGUCUCAAUCAAGCAGUUCGACAAGUAAAUUAUGGCGGUGAAAAAAUUGAAGUCAGCGUAUUUAAUCCACGUAAUACAAGCCAAACUAGUACAAUAACAGGUGAUGCCGUUUUAUGCACUCUCCCAUUGGGAGUUCUAAAACAAAUCACUUCCCUUAAUCCAAACGCAACUGAGUCGGGAAAAGCUGCCAAUAAUAUGGUAGAAUUUACCCCUCCUCUACCGGAAUGGAAACUCUCGGCCAUUCAGCGCCUAGGUUUUGGAAAUCUCAACAAAGUCGUUCUUUGUUUUGAACGUAUUUUCUGGGAUCCGAAUUCAAAUCUGUUUGGACACGUCGGAUCUACUACUGCUUCAAGAGGAGAACUUUUUCUCUUUUGGAAUCUGUACAAAACACCAGUCCUGUUAGCGCUUGUAGCUGGAGAAGCAGCCGCCAUCAUGGAAAACGUUGGUGAUGAUGUUAUUGUCGGUCGUUGCAUGGCUGUGUUAAAAGGCAUUUUUGGUAACGGGGCUGUUCCUCAGCCAAAAGAAACCGUGGUAACACGCUGGCGUUCUGAUCCAUGGGCUCGAGGUUCCUAUUCUUUUGUCUCUACAAGCGCUUCAGGGAAUGACUACGACAUUCUCGCUUGUCCUGUCACUUCAUCUGGCGAACAGUCAACUUCCAGUUUGGACUCGUCUAGCCCACCUCCUCGUCUUUUCUUUGCUGGUGAGCAUACCAUACGGAACUAUCCUGCCACGGUUCAUGGAGCUUUGCUGAGUGGUGUUCGAGAGGCUGCCAGGAUUGCCGAUUUUUAUCUUGGCUGCUCAUAUUAGUGUGCUGAACUGCAAAUUUCUUGACAAAUUUAAGUAUCUCACUAGGAAAAACUUGUAUUGCUUACUAUGUUGUUCCGCAAAUAUACAUCACGGAUUUUAAAUGCGA